UUCUGAUGACGAGUGGGAUAACCUGUUCGAUACAAGUCAACAUGUUAAUGAUUCUGACAGCAAACAGGAUUUUGAUAAUAUACAAGGUUCUAAUAAUGAUCAAGUUUCUAAUAAUAAACAGGGUUUUGGCAAUGAAAAGAAUUCUGAUGAUGAAUGGGAUUCUGAUUCUUUAAACGAAUGGAAGUUUGAUGAACAAAUUAUUUUGAAUACUAAAGAAAUUCCAGAAAAUACUAAAGAGAUCGGAAAGCCACGAUUAACCAAAUUGGGUAAAUCAAAUGCAGAAAUCGUGGCAAAGGUCAAAUAUCGUCUUGAAUUUGAGGAAUAUCCAGAAACUUCUGAUAAUAGAGUUGCCUGUAUCUAUAACGUAGCUGGCAUGGACCCUGAAAAAGCACUUGAAAUUUUUGACCUUAAGAAUAUACAAUAUUCAUACAAAGAAGGAACUGCUCGUAAAAGUGUCUAUUGCCCUUUUUUAAAAAUAAAAGUUUAUAAAAAGACACAGGCUUGCCGUAGUAUUAAAAUAUGUCAAUUUGCUGCGUCUGAACUAGUAACAAUGAUACAUACAUCUGUGAACUUUGAUGAUAACCUUUUCAAAAAGAUAUUUGAUGCAAAUGAAUUGUCUUUAGAUACAAAUACUUUAAAUGCAUUUGCCGUAGCACAUAAAACUUCAUGUGGGUUUAUUCAUUCUCAUACUAGAAUUCGUUGUGAUGGCAAGCCUAAACUUGAAAAACAUUAUCAGCACGAAGAUGAUACUUCAGAGCCCACUUAUUUUAUUGGUUGUGAAAAAUUUAGAAAUGGAGAACAUGGUCACCAGUAUCAAAGUUUGUCUGAACAAAUUAAUAUUAGAUAUUUAAAAAGGCUUUUUCAAGAGCAUACAUAUUAUAUCGACGGAAUUAUAGGAGAGGUUUCAAAUUUAGUUCGAUAUUGCUAUUUAGUAUAUCCUUUUAGUGCGCGAGCAAAAAAAUGCUCUGCGAUUCAAAAUGAUUUAAAGAGCAUUAUAGAAGAAGAAAAUAUUUUGGAUUUAACAGCUAGAAGAUUAAUUACUU